UCUCAGAGAGGGUCCUUUGGGAAGAGUCACAAAGCGUUUUCGUCAGAGACAGAGCGGAGUGGCGAGAGCUCGGGAGUCAUCCGGAGGAAGCAGCGCUGCUCUGGACCUCAACGCACGUAACCGGACCGCUGGGCCGAGGGAGCAGAGGAGAGAGCAAAGAGUGAAAAGAGGAAGAAAGAAGUGUCAGCUAAUGAUGACAUCUGGUCUGGGUGCUAGUUGAUCUCUCUUUUCUCUGUGACAGCUUGAACUGUGGAUCUCCAGGCGCACCAGGAGUGACUUUUCCGCACCUCUCCACACUGGGUCAGCCCGUGUCCUGACGCCCUGGCGAUUUUAAACUCGCGUUCUCAGUGACUGAUUUUUGGAUCCUAUUAUUCAGAUAUGAUUUGCCCUCCGUUUUAGCACCCGCUUCGCCCCCAGGACUAGUAUUGAAGGAAUAAAGAGUUCACCGCUUGAUUUCUAGCGAAGCGCACGCAGCAGCAUCGGCGAAGAGCGCACCCACGUUACUCCGCGCGAAUCAGACUGAGAGAUCGGGAGGAACAAGUGCACAGCGAGGCGGGCAGAGACCGAGAGAAAGAGGUACCGGCACCGGCACCGAGCUUCGGAGGUUUGUUCAUGUUUGGGAUCCAGGAGAGCAUCCAGAGAAGCGGCAGCAGCCUGAAAGAGGAGCCGCUGGGAGGCAUGAACGCUGUCCGGGGCUGGAUGCAGGGGGGCGGCGUGCUGGACGCCAACACGGCCGCCCAAAGUGGAGUGGGCCUGGCCCGGGCUCACUUCGAGAAGCAGCCGCCCUCCAACCUGCGGAAGUCCAACUUCUUCCACUUCGUCCUGGCUCUGUACGACCGGCAGGGUCAGCCGGUGGAGAUCGAGAGGACCAACUUCGUGGACUUCAUCGAGAAAGAGAAGGAGACGAGCGGAGAGAAGACCAAUAACGGGAUUCAUUACCGGCUGCAGCUUCUUUACAGUAACGGCAUCAGAACAGAGCAGGACUUUUAUGUUCGACUCAUAGACUCCAUGACUAAACAGGCGAUCGUUUAUGAAGGCCAAGACAAGAACCCUGAGAUGUGCAGAGUGCUCCUGACACAUGAGAUCAUGUGCAGUCGGUGCUGUGACAAGAAGAGCUGUGGAAACCGUAAUGAGACACCCUCAGACCCCGUCAUCAUCGACAGAUUCUUCCUCAAGUUUUUCCUCAAGUGCAACCAGAACUGUUUAAAGAAUGCUGGAAACCCGCGAGACAUGAGGAGGUUCCAGGUGGUGGUAUCGACUACAGUGAGCGUGGAGGGACAUGUCCUGUCAGUGUCAGACAACAUGUUCGUCCACAACAACUCCAAACACGGCCGAAGGGCCCGCAGGCUCGACCCUGUGGAAGGAACGCCAUCUUACCUAGAACACGGAGCAGCUCCCUGCAUUAAAGCCAUCAGCCCCAGCGAGGGGUGGACCACGGGGGGCGCUACAGUCAUCAUCAUAGGAGACAACUUCUUCGAUGGUCUCCAAGUGAUUUUCGGUACCAUGCUGGUUUGGAGCGAGCUGAUCACUCCGCAUGCCAUCCGGGUGCAGACGCCUCCCAGACACAUUCCUGGGGUCGUUGAGGUCACUCUGUCUUACAAGUCUAAACAGUUCUGCAAAGGCACACCGGGAAGGUUCAUAUACACAGCACUGAAUGAACCAACCAUCGACUACGGUUUCCAGAGGCUUCAGAAGGUUAUCCCUCGGCACCCUGGGGACCCCGAGAGGCUGCCAAAGGAGGUAAUUCUGAAGAGAGCAGCCGACCUGGUGGAAGCCCUCUAUGGUUUGCCCCAUAAUAACCAGGAGAUCAUCCUGAAGCGUGCGGCGGACAUCGCAGAAGCUCUCUACAGCGUACCACGCGGACACACCCAGCUCUCUGGCUCCACCCACACCGGCAUGAUGGGGGUAAACUCAUUCACCGGGCAGCUGUCCGUCAACGUCUCCGAACCUUCACAGGCCAAUCAGGGUUUUGUGCGCAGCAGCAGUAGCGUGUCUCCUCACGGUUACGUGCCCAGCUCCACGCCUCAGCAGACCAGUUACACUUCAGUCACCAGCACCAUGAACGGCUACACCAACAACGCAGGCAUGACCAACCUGGGAGGCUCGCCCACUUUCCUCAAUGGCUCUGCAGCCAACUCGCCUUAUGCUAUUGUCCCGUCCAGUCCCACUAUGGCCUCCUCCACCUCUCUCCCCUCCAACUGCUCCUCCUCCUCUGGCGUCUUCUCCUUCUCUCCGGCCAACAUGGUGUCGGCGGCCGUUAAGCAGAAGUCCGCCUUCGCUCCAGUGGUCAGGCCCUCCUCCUCCCCUCCGCCCUCAUGUACCAGCGCCAACGGCAAUGGGCUCCAAGAUCAGACAUUUGUGGACUCUAGCAAGUACUCAACAGCCAGCUCUCUACAAGGCCUGGCCUUCACCUGAACAAUCCCUGGAAUGAUCGUCCCACCCAUGUAAAGGUGUGAGUAAAAUGACUGUGUGUGUGUGCGUGCGACCGUGUGCGAGAUGAACCAAGCACACUAACACCGAUCCUGGCGGAGGAUUUGAGUGCGAGUCAUACUCCGGUCGGGGAUGGAAGCAGCUGUCCCUAUCUGAAGGAACAAACCCAACUCAGGCCCUUUCUAACACAAAAACAACUGCAAGAAAACAAAUGUUUGCAAGGAAAUAAGUUGUUUAGACUUUGUACACCUUGAUGCUUUUAUAGGAGAAUGGCCACGCCUACAUCAUGACUCUCCAAGGACACUGGAAGUGUAUUUAUUUUGGAGAGAUUCCACUUCCUCCCUUGAGUGAUUGUUGAUUUGUUUUCUCUUUUGUGCAGCAAUUAACGUGUGAUAAUCAUCUUCUAUCUGUAUCCUACAUGAGGGGUUUUCUAUUUAUGAAGUUUGGUCAUUAAUGAAGGAAUAUAAUGUGAAGAAUACCUGACGAUGAUGGAGAUGAUGAUGAUGAUGAUGAUGAUGAAGAAGAGGCUGCAGGAUUCAUACAGGGUCAAAUCCAGCCAACACAGACAAGCCAAACCAGACAGACACUUUCACUUCUCUUUGCCAAAUCCACACACAAACACUCAGACAGAGAGCUCUUUCUCUGCAUUUAAUCGAUCAACUUGAAGGAUUCAGAUGCUUCCCGCCUGCGACUGGCGCUGCAAUUUCAGCCAUUCAAGAAAUCACAGUGUUUACUUUGAGCUUGCUUUAUGUACUUUUACACUGCUGCUCCUGUGCGCAAAAUCUGCCUUUCAGCAAACAGAAUGUGCAGAGAGAAGAAAAUUCAGUCAUUUAACAAACCAAGAAGAAAUUUUUUUUUCACCAAGCAAGAUUCUAGAGAGAAAGUAGACUUGCCGCAGUGCUAAUCCAGGAUAGAUUUGAUUAUAGCUAACUGUAAAGAGGCCAUAAAAUAAUGCAGCCCCCCC